AUUUUUUCAGGAAUCAAUCGACGACCUGAGUCCUCCUUAUGAAUGUAUGAAGGUUCGAAAAAUUUGUACUAGUGUUGAGUAUAGCAAGCGAUCUGGUAGUCAAAGUUCGGCGAGAAAGAUGGCCGCAUCCCUGCAGCAUGACGAGAACAGCAGCACGAACGCUGAACACGAGCACGUCGAGAAGUCAUGUACGCCGCUCGAUGUGCGGGUGUUUUCGAAGCGCACCCUGGGAACGAAGCUGUUUUUCAUCGACGCCAUCGCAGUGUUGCCGGGGGAGACGGAUCCCUGCGUAGUCGAGUUGUGCAUCGCCGGAAAUUUGGAGGCGACAAAAGAUCAAGAAGAAAGGAGAGCGAAAACACCGGAUGUUCAUGUUCUGUCUCCCAAAGCGACAAAUGAAAGCAAAUCAACAAAAGUGCAGAAGAACGAGCCGCAUCAGCACGAGAACAAAAGGCAGACCGGGGCAGACAUUCGGGUUGGGGACGUUCUGCGCCUCUUGAACUACGACACCGAGUCCGCCCUUCCGCGACCACCGCGAAGAGCGAUCCUGAACGUCAGCGCCUUUCGCUUCCAGGAAGCUUGGCACGACUAUUUCAACGCGUUUCCCUUUCACCCGCCGAUAUGGUUUGCGCCGGAAAAGCAAAACCAAAACGCGAAACGGAAGAAGUCCGCGAGCGGAAAGAGAAUGACAACAUGUGAGGAAGAUGGAAGUAAUGCGCAUCUGGAUGGUUGUUCCGCUGCCGGCCCAGCUUCUGCGGAACAUGAAAACAAACAAGACCAAGACCCUGAUAUCGCGUCGUCCACCGCUGGUGCUCGCGCCCAUCAGCUUCCGGCGUACCGACAACCCGCACUGAUUCUCCAGUGCCACCUGCCGCAAGCCGAGCGCGUGGCGGCGUACUUUGGGGGAAUCGUGGCUUCCAAUUGCACUAAGGAUCGCUUGGUGUACGUAUUUGACGAUGAAGAUGUGCAGCGAAGCCCUUUCAAAACGGCGCUUUUGCGGUUAAGAAAAAACAACUUCGCCAAGGUGCAAAAACAACACGAACUCGAGGUACCUACCUUCUUCAAUAGUGUGGUGCAUCGCGUUUACUUCGUCAACGACAAUGCUCCGGUCUUCGUUUCGGAGGCAGAUGCGUUUGAUUAUCUGCACCGCGUUCGCGGUCUGGGGACGGAAGACCCACGACAGCAGAGCCGCAAGACGCUGUGCUUUCCGCGGGAAAUGGAAACGAAGCUGUUUGAAAAACGCUUGGGAGAAUGGGAACUCAAACAGGCUUCUCAGGCUGCGAGAGAUGAGAUGAGCACCAGAUUAGAAGCGGACGAGGGGUCUACAACUUCAUCUCCGCUUCCAAAUAAACCUGCUUCCUCGACUCACGAUCUUUGCGACACGGUAUGCUAUGCGGACGGUCUGUACUUUCUCGGCCUGAACGUUCCGCGGCUAUUGAUUCCUGAGCGGGCGAAAAACAGCGUACCGUCCGCGGCGUACUGGAAGCUUUUGGAAAUCCGCGACCGUUACCUAGUUCCAAGGAACUGCGCCGACAAGUUUACCAACCGCGAUCUCGCAAUUGAUCUCGGCGCGAGCCCCGGCGGCUGGAGCUACUGCCUGGCCGAAGAGUUUGGCAUCAAGCGGGUGCUUGCAGUGGACCCCGCUGCGCACAUGCACAAGCUGGUGAGAGACAGACUUGUUACGGGACAUGGAGGCAAAAACGAGAUGGAGGAGCCGGUCACGACUUCCAAAAAAGAAAAAAACGCGGACAAGGACGAUUCGUGUGAGCAGGACCAACUUGAUGAUAAAAACAAUGUUCAUCGACCUGAUCUUCCCGACGGUGAACCAGGAGGAUCCACACAACAGGCUGGGAGAGGAAGAACAAUACCGCCACCGUCAGCAGAUAUUGAACCAGCUGCAGCCAGUUCCUGUGCACUUGCGACCCCGCGUCGUCCGACAAGUCCACCACGUCGGGUCAUCGAGCACUGGCAAAUGCGGUCGGAUGCAGCCAUUCCGAAACUGGCAGAGGAAAUUAUCCAAAUCUCCGCCGAUGAAGAUCCGAGAAAAGUAGCGGUCUUUGUUUGCGACAUGAACGAUGAGCCGGAACAAAAUGUGGGCCAAUUCGAAAUGUGCUUCCAGAAAAGGGAUAGUGAGGAAAACGGAAACAAUAAAGUCAAUCUCCAACAAGAGCAUAUCUUUGACACCCGCAGCGACGGAAGCCGGGCGUGCCUCGUAGUGAUCACGAUGAAGAAUGUGUACCGCAGCAAGGGCGAAUUUGCGACGAAAGUUGCGGUUUGCAGAAAAAUUCUGGAGGGGCUGGGCGUUAGGGACCUAGAGGAAAUCCACCUCUUUGCGAACACGCGACUCGAGACCACCCUGGUGGGGCAGUUGGUGUAGCAGACCACUUGUGUCAUCAAACAAGUAUCCUCCUGGUGUCAUGCACCGAAAACCUGCGAAAAGUUCAAGUUGUCACAAUAAGCGAUCAUAGGUCUUGGAGUUUAU